AUUCUAUAGAAGCAAUCAAUUGGUAGUUGAGAAAUUAAGAAGAAAAAAAAAAUGAGUAGCACUUACAUUUUUGUGAUUCUAUCUUUGUUUUUUUUAGUUUGUACUCACAUUGUGGUAGUAUGUGGUGAAGAUCCUACUUAUGGUUUUACCUCUGUCCCAUUGACUGAAGCAAAUUUUGAGGUGCAGAAGCCUUACAACAUACCUCUAAAGCAAAGGUAUAGCUACAUUGAUGGUGUUCAUCGAUUUUGGGUUUAUGCUAAUGAUAAGCCUUACUCUCCUAGUAGCCCUACUCAGCCACGCACAGAAAUUCGCAUUAAGGGGCUUGACUACCACUCAGGGGUAUGGCAAUUUGAAGGUUAUGGCUAUGUGCCAAAGGGAACAUCAGGUGCUACAAUAGCACAAAUCCAUGGUGCAUCAGAAGGUGCUACAACUUUAAUACUAAGAAUAUACAAUGGAGAUAUGAGGUAUUACAACACAUAUUUGGUGGCUGAAAAUCUUUAUAAUAAAUGGUUCAGACUUAAUAUCAUACAUGAUGUGGAUGGUGGAAUAGUUACUGUGUUCAUUAAUGGAGUUAAGAAAUUUCAAACAAAGGAUCAUGGGCCAGGUGAUUUGUAUUUCAAGUUUGGGGUUUAUGCUGCACCUGAUGAUAUAAGUAAUUACAUGGAAUCAAGAUGGAGAUAUAUUAAAAUAUAUAAAAAAUGAUCACUUCUCAACUAUUUUCAAUAUACUUUAUUUGUCUGUAUAUUUGUUUUAUUGUAUAAAUGUAAGAUGGUUUGGUAUGAUAAUUAAACUUUCUUGUAGUACUACUUUGACUUUUUUUAAACAAAAUAUAAAUCCAAGAGAAAAUAUCUCACUAAUAAAUGUUAA